UGUAAUGAUAAUUAAACCAUAUUUUUAUUAAUUAAACCAUAUUUAUUAUAUUAUAUUAUGGACUCUCAAGAUGUUAUUGUUAUAUAAUAACAUCUAGAUAAACAUCUAGUUGAACAAUACACAAUACAUAUUGUUAUAACAACAAUUAUGAUAUUACAGUAGAAAACAUUUUCCAUUCCAAGCUUCAGUGCAUCUCAUAUUGUUGUUUAAUAUUGCACACUUUUACAACACAAAAUGGGUUUGUGAUUAAUGCUGGUCGGCGCUGACCUCACAGAACAUAUAACCUUUUUUCAUGUUUAAAAUCACUAGUAGCCUUACUUGCCACACAAGCAUCAGUUACAAUGCAGCUAACAUCACUUAUGUUCCGCAUUAAAUAUUGUAGCGAAUACACUUUAUGUAAUUUUCAAAAUAACGUUUUAGUUGCUUUAUAUUAUCGUUCAAUUCAUAACGUGGGCGGGAUGGUUUGGCCGUCUUCGGUCUAUGUGUUUGACACCCCUGCUCUCAAGAUUCCAGAUGCACCUAUUUAUUCCUGUUCAUCUCGUUCACAAUUUCUGUUCCUAAAAGGUUGUCAGUUAUUUGUCUAUCAACUGUCACUAUUACUAUCACUAUCACAAAAAUCCCACUCUGUGUUUAUUCAUCCUCCUCUUGACAUUUUAUUCACCACUUGGUCAACAUGCAAAUGUUAUUGUCAUUAAUCCAGUGGCAGACUGCAAUGUUUAAUUAUACAACUGUACUGAUUGCAUUGGUUGAUAUCUUGUCAAACAUAUUUCACCAACAUUACAGCCUCUUGAUUGAAAAUGAGAGGGUGAUGUUGAUGGCUCCUGUAUACACUGCUGUCUGGAAUAAUUAAGGUUUUUAAUACACAAAUCAGCAUAUUAGAAUGAUUUUUUGAGUGACACUGAAGGCUGUGUGUUAAUGGCUGCCGAAAAUUCAACUUUGUCAUAACAGGAAUAAAUUAAAAAAAGAGAAGAGAAUACGAGACGAAAAGAAAAGGGACUUUUGGGACCUUUAUUUUGAAAUCUGGAUGUCGCGGUUUGUUUUCAGUUUCUCACUGCUCACGUGUGACCACGAAACUUCAGAGCAAUCAGAGGAUUCAAGUUUGCGCAGAAUCAACAACACCAAUGGACCUUAGACUGCGCGUGAAAUAACACCGAAUUACUCUUAACACUACUGUACCUAACAGCUAAAAUGGGAAUAUUAUACAAAUACCUGAAUGCGUUUUCGAGAUUUCUGUUGUGCAAAUCUAGACGGUUUUCAGUCAAGUUAACUUGAUUAUAAGGAGCAUGUCAAUGAACUGAGUCUUGUCGUCGUUUCAUUUUCUCAAGCUGCUUAAUCACUAAUAAUGUCUCUUGUGGAGUCUGACGAAAACACUCCGCUUCUCAGAGGCGAAAUUACAAGUGGUGGGGAUGCAGACAGAAGCCGCUGGAGGUCCAUCAGGGUCAUGUACUUCACCAUGUUCCUUAGCAGCGUUGGUUUUACGAUUGUCAUUACUUCCAUAUGGCCCUAUCUGAAGAAAAUUGAUAAGAGUGCAGAUGCCAGUUUCUUGGGGUGGGUGGUUGCUGCAUACAGUUUGGGUCAGAUGGUGGCCUCACCCCUCUUUGGACUGUGGUCCAAUCACAGGCCUCGACAAGAGCCUCUAGUCUGCUCUUUAUUCAUCAACGUCUCUGCUAACAUUUACUACGCCUAUGUCUCCCUACCUUCCUCACACAAAAAAAUUCACAUGCUUUUGGCUCGUACAUUUGUGGGCAUUGGAGCAGGUAAUGUAGCAGUUGUGAGGUCCUAUGUGGCUGGUGCCACUUCCCUGAAGGAAAGAACCUGUGCAAUGGCAAACAUGAGUGCCUGCCAAGCUCUCGGCUUCAUACUUGGCCCAGCCCUGCAGGCUGCUUUGUCAUUCAUUGGAGAGACUGGCGUCACUGUGAAUGUCAUCCAGCUUCAGGUUAAUAUGUACACUGCUCCAGCGCUGUUGGCCGCCUGCUUCGGGAUCAUUAACAUUCUGCUGGUUAUAUUAGUCUUGAGGGAGCACUGUGUGGAUGACCAUGGAAAUCAUAUCCGUGCAAUUAACUACACCUCAGAAGAGCAAGUAGAUGUGGCUCCUGAGGCAGAAGGUGAUAUUGACCAGAUCGCAGUGUUCACAUCUAAUGUCCUUUUCUUUGUCAUUCUCUUCAUUUUUGCUGUGUUUGAAACUAUAUCUACUCCUCUAUCAAUGGACAUGUUUGCAUGGACAAGGAAAGAAGCUGUUUUGUACAAUGGUAUCAUAUUGGCUGCCAUUGGGUUUGAGUCCAUCCUCGUGUUCGUGGUGGUAAAAGUGGUCUCAGCACGGGUAGGAGAUCGCCCACUGCUACUUGGAGGCUUGAUUCUCAUAUUUGUGGGUUUCUUUAUCUUGUUGCCAUGGGGAAAUCAAUAUCCUAAAAUACAGUGGGCAGACAUUCAGAAUAACACUGGACUGGCACCCACUCAACCCUCAAACACUUCUCUGGAGCCCACUGGAUGCCCAUACAAACAGGCCUGGUGCUUGUUUACCCCUGUAAUUCACCUGGCACAGUACAUUACCUCUGACAUCCUGAUUGGAGUGGGUUAUCCCACAUGCAACGUAAUGUCAUACACUUUAUACUCAAAGAUACUAGGCCCCAAACCACAGGGCGUUUACAUGGGCUGGCUGACAGCAUCAGGAAGUGGUGCGCGGACCCUCGGGCCUGUGUUCGUCUCUCAGGUCUACACCAUCCUGGGACCCCGAUGGGCCUUCAGUGUUAUAUGUGGCAUAGUGCUAGUUGCAAUCGUUUUCCUCAGUGCUAUGUACAAACGACUUGUCGCCUUCUCCAUACGCCAUGGAAGGAUAGAAGAACGUCAUGACUGACAGGUGCCUCCACCAACUACUAAAGGACAGUUUAGAAAAGUGGGCCUGGCUUAAAGAUGGAAAACUUUAAGAUAACUAUAUAAAUUGUGGAGCUUUCCAAGCAUAAUCAUGAUUCAUAAGAGGCUUAAGUAGUCGUAAAUAUCUUUAUAUCUUCUAUUUGUUGAACUACAGUUUCCCUUGUUAACUAAACUGUGAAUAUAACCACUAUUGUCGCAGCAUGACAUGGAUUGACACCAUAUAAAACUGAACUGUGCAGACUCUAAAAAGUCCUAUGUGAACCGCAGUAUUAAUGUUUGGCAGCUCAAUGGGUUAUGAAGCAUCGCAGAUUAUGAGGUCUAAGCACUGAGCGAUGAUUAUGAUUGUUUUGGUUUUAAAAAUCUAUUUUAAUAACUUGAAUUUCUGGCAUUGCCAAGCAUUAACAAAUGUGUCAGGUGACUUAUUAAAAUCUGCAUUGAUGGGACAGGCUUAAAAUCUCUGUUAAAGUUUCUUUCUUUUUAAUAACACUAAGCUUAAAAUGUACACUAGGUGCUGAGCAUCACUUGACUUUGACUGCCUCCAUAAUCACUGGUGAUUAUAAUCUACAAGACUACUGUAUUUUAAACUGAUACCAAAUGCUUUUGUUUUGUUUGUGUUAAAGCACAUACAUUCUAAAGCACUGAGAACUAAUUUCUUGAGAACUGGCAAUUAAUUGUUCCUUUAAUGUUUUUAAAAAAGUGAAGUGUGACAUGCUUUCCAGCUUUUUUUGUUCCCGUUUCUUUAAAUACAUUAAAAUUAUAUAUUUAACAAGAAA